CGGAAACACGGAGCCGCUCGCGCCCAAGUCUUUGGAAUCUAACCUCUUUCAUUUCCCCCAUCCCAACGAAAAGUACCCAACCACACCACACUCUCCCCUGUGAACGCACCCACCCACUACCAAUCUAACCCAACACUUGAGUUUGAUUUCAACCCUUUUUCCCUUUAAAACCCUCCUAAAUCUCUCCCUCUGGUACAUCCCCUCUCUCUGUGCCAACCCAUUUCUAUUUGGCCAUUUUUAUUUGCUUUCUUGUUUCUUGUAAUCUUGGUAACAGUCAACUAGAGAGCCAGCCAGCCAACUCUGAGAAGUUUUGAGUGGGAUUCAUGCUAACAUAGGGUUGAGCCAUGAGUUGUAACGGGUGCCGAGUCUUACGAAAAGGAUGCAGCGAGUCUUGUAUUUUACGUCCUUGCCUGCAAUGGAUCGAGAGUCCUGAAGCGCAAGGCAACGCUACUGUUUUUGUUGCCAAGUUUUUUGGUCGUGCGGGGCUCAUGUCUUUCAUUUCCGCUGUUCCAGAAUCUCAACGUCCUGCUUUAUUCCAAUCACUGUUGUUCGAAGCUUGUGGGAGAACAGUGAAUCCUGUCAACGGAGCUGUUGGGCUUUUAUGGACAGGAAACUGGCAUGUUUGUCAAGCGGCAGUUGACACUGUCCUACGAGGGGGAGUUCUGCGGGCGAUGCCUGAACUUGUGGCUCCGACACCAACAUCCGAUGAAGCAUCCGAAGCUACAUGUGCGAACAUGUGGAAGUUGCAAGAAACAGCAACGAAUCUGAACUCAAACUGUCGGUUUUCCAAUUCAAGAUCUAAGGUUUCACCUAAGCGUAAAAGAAUUCAAGAAUUCAAGAAAUUACAGCCGUCCGAUCUGGAUCUUUGCUUGACUCCAAGCUUUACAGGAAAGCGAGUGCCGGAUAACAGACGAUCGGAGACUCCGUCUAUGAACUCGGAGGAAUCUGUCACAACAACGUGCUUCGAAAGUGGGUUUACAGAUCAACAAGGACAAGAAGUAGGAGCAGAUAAAAAGUUAUUAAACUUGUUUGGUUGAAGAGAAAAAGAGCUUUUUCUAGUGAAUCUAACGUUCAAAUGAUCUAGUUCGCUGUAAUAUUCUUCUUUUCUACCACAACCAUUUCUUUUUUCUUUUGGUGAGAUUUUAGAUCAUUUUUGGCCUAUUUCUAGGAAGGGUUUUCCGGGAAUGACUUUUCCGGCGAGUUUUUGUGAAUUACCGGCACAGGAUUUCUCUCUUUUUUCUUUUUAAUGCGUUAAAACUGUGAAAGAGAGGAAAAUGAGUUUGUCGGUGAUCCUUAAAAUCAUCCUUUCUUUCUGUUACUUUCUUUGUAAUCUUCUUCUUCUUCUUCAUCAUCUCUGUGUUUUGCCAUGCCUGUAUGACAUGAAUAAAUCAAACUUAUUUUUCUACAAAUUUCUCAAUUUAUGAUCUUGGAUGCUAUAGUUUUUGAAGAAUUUUAUUUGAUUGGUCAUAAAAUGAGUAUACCCUACUAUAUAUCUAACCUGAAUCAUCAUCCACUUCACCAACCAUUG